AUGAUCAAUUCAAAGAGGUUCUUGGAGAUAGCGCGCAAAUGGCAGAAAAAAGCCAUGAGUCAGAGGAGGAGAAUAUCCCUCAAAAGGAGUACUAGUAAUCGAAUGGAUUCAGUCGCUGUUGAGGGUCAUUUUGUGAUUUAUACAGUAGAUGGAAGCCGAUUUGUGAUUCCCUUAGCCUUUCUUAACCGCCCCAUCUUUCAGGAGUUGCUUUUGGUGGCUGAAGAAGAGUUUGGAUUCACAGGAUGCCGCCCUCUAAUUGUGCCUUGCGAGUCAUUUGUGAUGGAGUACAUAGUCUCCUUGUUGAACAAGAAUGCAUCAAAGGAGUUUGACAAGGCGUUGGUUUCCAUGGCAUGUUGCAGAGCCUCACAUCCGUCUCUAGUCCUUCAUCAAGCAGUCUCUCAGCCUAUGAUUUUCCAUGGGUUUUGA